CUGAAGAAAAAGCGAAAAAAACCCAUGCCCGCGACUUAAAUAUCUCCACAUGCUAAGUUUAUCGCCAUCUGAUUGGCACAGUUACUCCACAGCCCUAUUUGUGUGUAUCGGAGCUCCAAGUUUCGAAUCCCACUAACGAAGUUCAUUUUCUUCAGGCAAAGAAAGUACCAAUGGCUCCUCUGGUGGACGCGGCCUACUUGAAGUCCAUCGAUAAGGCACGCAGAGAUCUUCGGGCUCUCAUUGCCGAGAAGAAUUGUGCGCCAAUCAUGCUUCGUCUCGCAUGGCAUGAUGCAGGCACUUAUGAAGCCAAAACAAAGACAGGUGGGGCAAAUGGUUCAAUUCGAAAUGAGGAGGAAUACACACAUGGUGCAAACAGUGGCUUGAAAAUUGCCCUUGACAUGUGUGAAUCAAUCAAAGGCAAGCACCCAAAUAUUACAUAUGCUGAUCUAUACCAGCUGGCUGGCGUGGUUGCUGUCGAGGUUACUGGAGGUCCUACAGUUGAAUUUGUGCCUGGUCGUAAGGAUUCAUUAGUCUCAACAAGAGAAGGACGGCUUCCCGAUGCCGAGAAAGGUUCGGAUCACCUUAGGAAUGUAUUUUACAGGAUGGGCCUAUCUGACAAGGAUAUUGUGGCUCUUUCUGGAGCACACACAUUGGGAAGAGCCCACCCAGAAAGGUCAGGCUUUGAAGGAGCAUGGACCAAACAACCUCUUAAGUUUGAUAAUUCAUAUUUUAUAGAGCUGCUCCAAGGAGGAACUGAAGGAUUGCUUCAAUUACCAACUGACAAAUGUUUAGUAGAGGAUCCUCGUUUUUGUCCAUAUGUGGAACUUUAUGCUAAGGAUGAGGAUGCAUUUUUCAAAGACUAUGCAGAGGCACAUAAAAGACUUUCUGAACUAGGAUUCAGGGAUCCAAGCAGCCUUCCUUCAGGAUCUGGUUUUGAAGCGAGCACAUCCACAGUGCUGGCACAGGGGGCUGUUGGAGUUGUAGUUGCUGCAGCAGUUGUUGUUUUUGGUUACUUUUAUGAAGUUAAGAAAAGAGCAAAGUGAGACUAGGAUGCCUGAUAUAUCAAACCCAGGUUAAUGACAAUGAAAAUUAAUGAUGCUUUCAAGUUAUAUACUAAAUUGAGUUGCUGCUGAUAGAUUCCUUUAUUCAAGUUAUAUUGUAAUCGUACAGGGGUAAGUUUUAGAAGUUAGAACAGCGCUCCAUCUAUCAUAAAUAUACAUGUACUAUGAUAUUUUUUAAUUAAAUUAAAUUUACGUGUCAUUUUUUAUAAA